AUGGUGCGCUUCGUUGCCGGCUUUGCUCCCGGCCUGCUCGUGAGCGCGGCGUCGAGUGCGGCGGCGUGGGCGGCUGCGUGGCCCCACGGCGAUGCAGCAUCAACAACCGCAUCGUGUGCGGCGCGGACAUCGACGUUUUCCCCUGACGAGUACCGUGCAUUCAAACUUCUGUCGUCGCGCUAUGAAUCGCACGACACGCGGCGGCUUUACUUCGGCCUCGCCAGCGCGGAGACGCCAUUUGCAAUGCCGGUCGCGUCCUGCAUUGUCGCGAAGCUGACGGAUGCGGAUGGGAAAGACGUGCUGCACCCCUUCACACCCAUCACUGCGAACAGCACCAAGGGACACUUUGAGCUUAUCGUCAAAAAGCGCGUAAAGGACAAGAUGAGUGCUCACCUAUUCCAGCUGCAGCCCGGGGAGGAGCUGCUGGUGAAGGGGCCCUUUGAGAGGUUCGCCUACAAGCCAAACAUGUGGAAGAGCGUAGGCAUGCUCGCGGGUGGAGCAGGCAUAGCGCCCAUGUACCAGCUACUGCAGGAAAUUCUAGCGAACCCAAAGGACAAGACACAUGUCUCACUGAUUUACGCAAAUAAUCAGCGUCGCGAUAUUUUGCUGGCAAACGAGCUCAUGACACUGUACAAGACAUACAGUAACUUCAACCUCUACCUUACCCUCCUUGAAGUGCCGCAUCGUUGGAUGGGUGGAAUCGGGUACAUCAACGAGGCAAUGAUCCGCACCUACAUGCCAAAACCUGGGGAAAAGCACACAAAGAUCCUUGUGGCAGGGCCACCGCCUAUGCUGGAGAAGCUGGCGGGUGACAAGGUAUUUGCUGCAGGCAAAGCCCCGGAACAGGGGAUGUUGCUGGGGGUUUUGAAAGAUAUGGGUUAUAAAGAAGAGCAGGUGUUUAAGUUUUGA